AUGGCAGCCCGACAGAGUCAGACCCCGGAUGUCGAGAUCUUAGUUCACGUUACGGCGCCAAGCAGGACAGCAGACGAUGCCGCAUACAGGCAACUCGCACAGUCGUAUCUCUCUUUUCAGCCCCAUCGCCAUAUAACCGUCUCAACAGCUCCCUCUCUGGAGCCUCAGCUUGAAAGAGGACAACAUGCCACACAAGAUGGAGCUCCUACGACUACAGGCUUCGCAGCAGUGCCUUCGGGGCAGCCAUGGGUCCCGGAAUCUCAAGAUCUAAGCUUUCGGAGCGUCUACGAUAACCGCUAUUCACCCCCGUUGCAAGAGAAGGGCAAUCCGGCAGACACAUCCUUGCCGGGAGGUAACGACGAGGGGUUUCUCUCCACUCAGCUCGCAACUCAGCACACAUCUUCAUGGCAGGCUCCCCCAAGCCAGAUCAGUGAUUCUUACCCCUUGCCAGACGCUGAGAUACGCCACACCACGCCGACAAGAGUUCUAGAGCACUAUCUGAGAAGCCUGCCUUCGUCCUCGCGGCCGAGGCAUUCGUCAGCGGAUCGCUCAGACUCGUCAGUUGAUGUUUAUGAAGUGAAUAUCCCGUCGUCUAUUCCGAUUCCUCCUGACAUGGACGAAGCUGCGAGUCAAUCGCUUGGAUACAAAGACGCUGCCAAGACCGUUCUCAUCACACCUCGAGUACCUGGCGCUCUGACGCGGAUGCAAGAUGAACCAUCAGCAACUGUAGUUGACGAGACUAUAUAUAUUUCAAGCAGCGCAAUCGACACAGCUUCAGAGGCAACCAAUUCAUUCAGAGCUGAAUCUGCACCACCUCUGUCAAAACGCCACAAGGGACUCACAGAUGAAGAAGCCGUGGCCUCGAAUCUCCAUCGGAGUGUGAGCGACAUCGGACCAACAGGGAAGAAACAACCAACAGCGUCUUCAUCAAUUGUAGUCACAGAUCCAGACGACUUGGAGAUCAGGCCACCAUCUCCACCUACUGGAAUCGUGCAUCUCGAACCCUCAGAUUUGGUCUCCGACAAGCUAGACAAACUGGCGCGAGAUCUAUCAUCACGAUACCGCCCUAAAGAGAACCGUCCAACUGAUCCCUUUGAGCGAGGCUAUUGGUUCGUCGAUUGUGCCACUUGGUCUCAAGACACUUACAGCGAAGCCUGGACCUUUCUGGCCAAUUACCUUCGCAGUGGUCUGGCUGGCUGGGGCGUAUGGUGUCGCCGAGACGAAUCGCACGGCUGGAUCCGUCUCUACUGCUGGGCGCACGUUGCCAAGCAUGCGUAUCUGCUGCUGUAUCUUGCGAGCGGCAGGCAUUUGAAAGCAACUGGUGCAAAAUGGAUGGAUGGCGAUGGGGAAGUUGCUAUAGAAGUGCCUCCCGCGGAGAAACAGUAA